UGUGUGUAUAUUAAUUCAGAAGUUCAGGUAAUUUGGCAGUUUAGUAGUUUGGGUGUUAAUUCAUGUUUCUUUCUAAUUUGAAUUUUUUAGUAUUGAGUUCAGUAGAAAUCCCACAUCGUGCUCAGAAUUCAGGGGUUUGUCAGAGUCCUGUGUUCUGAUUGGCCACACCCUUAGGACAGCCACGCCCCUUUCUGUCAGUGAUUGGUGGUUGUGUGUGUCUGUGUGUGUUAUAAAUACAGAGUAGGAGUGUGUGGGGAUACACUCAUUCCUUCAGAGGCAGAGUGUGUGUGUAAGUGUGUGUGUAUGUAGUGUGUUUGAAGAUGCUGCAGCAGGUGAUGCGCGUGUCAUGGAGGGGUGUGUCCUCAAUGAUUAAGUGGGCGGAGCCUGUGACAGGGGUGAGAACUUUGGAUCAGAUGCCUGGACCAUCAGCCAUAAGGUUCAUCUGGGAUCUGCUAGCAAACCGUGGACUAUCCAGAUUGCAUGAAAUGCAGCUGGAUGGUCGGCGGCGGUUCGGUUCAAUGUGGAAGGCGAGUUUUGGUCCGGUUCUGACGGUUCAUGUUGCAGAACCAGAGAUGAUCGAGCAAGUGCUCAGACAGGAAGGAAACACACCAAUGAGAUCUGACAUUUCCUCCUGGAAGGACUACAGGAGACACAGAGGACAUGGAUACGGCCUUCUGACCUCUGAGGGGGAGGAGUGGCAGAAAGUUCGCAGUCUUCUCGCUAAACACAUGCUGCGUCCCAAAUCAGUGGAAGCGUACGACAGCACACUGAACUCGGUAGUGAGCGACCUGAUCACCAAACUCACACUGCACAAACAACAACAUCCUCACGGAGUCAUCAGAGACAUCGCUGCUGAGUUCUACCGCUUCGGCCUGGAGGGUAUUUCCUCUGUACUGUUCGAGUCCAGGAUCGGGUUUGACGCGGUGGUUCCCAUGGAGACAGAGCGUUUUAUCCAGUCCAUAAACAAGAUGUUUGUGAUGACGCUGCUCACCAUGGCGAUGCCGGCGUGGCUCCAUCGGCUCUUCCCCGGGCCGUGGAGAACGUUCUGUCAGUGCUGGGAUUACAUGUUCCACUUCGCUAAAGGUCACAUCGAUAAGCGUCUUAAAGAGGAAGAGGAGAAGCUGGCGCGUGGACAGGAAGUGGAGGGAAGAUAUCUGACUUACUUCCUGUCUCGAGCUGGAAUGCCGAUGAAGUCCGUGUACAGUAACGUGACAGAGCUGCUGCUCGCUGGGGUCGAUACGAUCUCCAGCACACUCUCCUGGUCUCUCUAUGAACUUUCCCAUCAUCCUGAAAUCCAGGAGUCUCUGAGGUCAGAGGUCCUGAAGGUUCUGGGCGACAGAAGAAUCCCGACAGCAGCAGAUGUAGCGAACAUGCCUCUGCUGAAAGCCGUCAUUAAAGAAAUCACCAGGCUGUAUCCUGUAAUUCCCGCUAACGCUCGAGUCAUCACAGAUCGGAAUAUUACAGUCGGUGGUUACCUGAUUCCUAAAAAGACGCUUAUCACUCUGUGUCAUUACGCCACGUCACGUGACCCGGCCCAGUUUUCCGACCCGGACUCGUUUCUGCCCCAGCGGUGGAUCAGACGUGAUGAAGGGAAUCAUCCGUACUCGUCUCUUCCUUUCGGAGUUGGCAAACGCAGCUGCAUCGGACGCAGAAUCGCAGAACUGGAGCUGUACCUGGCACUCAGUCGGAUUUUGCUGCAUUUCACUGUGAAGCCGGAUCCGAGUGGGUGUGAGGUCCGACCCAUGACCCGAACCCUCCUGGUACCGGACCGUGAAAUUAAUCUGCAGUUAAUUGAGCGUUAAGUCUCUGUAGAGACAAUGCUGUAGAAAGUGUGUGUUGCAGUCCAGCACUGUGUGUGUGUGUGUGUGUGUGUGUGUGUGUGGGUGUGUGGGUGGGUGUUCACACACUGCUUUUUACAAGCAUAUUUCUGUCUUGUGUUCUGGAGGAGGAUCUGAACAGGAACUAAAGGAGGCACUUGGGUGUAGAUGAACAUCCCUGUGUCAUGUGGACACGUCCCUGUAGUGGUCCUCUGAGUUCCUCCAAGUUCCUCUGAGUGGUGUACAGCAGUGAUGUGAUCCUGGUGUCUGAUGACUUUCACAUUUUAAAUUCUACUUGAACACAGUGUGCAUGUUUUCUAUUUCUGCAACUGAAGGUGAUGAGUCUAAAUCACACACGUGACUGAAAUCAGACUGUAAAAUCAGAUGAUGGUCUUCAUGUAGCACUUUAUACUGUACACUGAUCAUGUUCUGGUGCUUUGCACUUACAGCCAUUACACUGUGACUGUAGUGUAGCGGUUGCUAUGGCCACGCUGUAGUGUUACAGUUGUUGCUAUGGUGACGCUGUAAUGUUACUGCUGUCGCUAUGGUGACUAGUGUUACUGUUGUUGCUAUGGUAAUGCUGCAGCGUUACAUUCGUCGCUAGGUGACGCUGUAGUGUUACUGCCGGUGCUAUUAUGAUGCUGUAGUGUUACUGCCGGUGCUAUUAUGACGCUGUAGUGUUACUGCCGUCGCUAUGGUGAUGCUGUAUAAUUGUAGCAUUGUUGUUACUGUACUGUACAUCAGCCGAGCUUUCUUACAAUUUACACUUUGAGUUUUAUUAAUGAAAAUUAAUUUAUGAUUCCAAAAGUUUAAAACAGAA